UACUUGGAAUUUUGCACCAACGCGACAUCUUGUGUGACAUGCCUUAACUAUGACAUCUUGAUCACAGAUUUUUUGAUAGAAUACAAUGGUCGUGAAACCACCUUAUAUUCUUACACCGUGGCCUUGACACUCGGCAACUUCAUAUGUCAAGGCAUUUGUGUGACCUGGUGUACUAAACAAUCGGUGUAAACUAAGCCAUUAUUCUCUACUAUUAUUUUUUGUCUCCUUACGGCGACGCGUACAGUGUGAAUAAGAACGACGCCAUUCUUCAGCUUACCUCGCGUCGCGUCGUGACGCGAGUCAUGACGCGACGCGUGACGCGCUCAGUGGAAAUUCGGCCUUCGUGCUCUAGAAAACCUAGGACGAGAAUUGAUAUAGCUGCCACAGCUCGCCGAGAAAAGAAGAAUUGCAUCGUGGCCACUAUAUCGUUAACACGUGUAACCUUAAGCUGAAGACAUUCCACUUUAAAAAUAAAAUAUAUAACGUUCAGUGAAGUAAACGUACCGGUUAUAAUAUCUAUAUUCUCACGUGGUAACGUUCAAUUAAGAAGACAAAUAUGUCUGUUUCGUAUAUUUUUCCGAACGAGAUAUUAGAAAUAAUUUUUAAUUUCUGUGAUGUAUAUACUUUAUCACAGAUUAGUAUGGUAUGCAAACAAUUUAAUAUUGUGGCAUAUGAUACAUUAAAGAAAAAAAGUGAACAUUUGCUUGUCACAAAUCAGAAAUCGGGAAAAUUUUGUGAACGAGAUGGUCAUAUUUACCACUGGGAAAUUGAGGAUAAUCAAAAUAAUGUUUAUUUUGAAAUAAUGCUUAAUGUUGAAUUUUUUAAUUGUUAUUAUGAAAUCCAACAAAUAAACGCAACAUCGCAACACAUUAUAACUGGUUGUGAUAAUUCAAUAAAUAUACUGAAAUAUACAGAUGAUAGAAAAGGUUAUACGAAAGAAAAGGAAAUAAUUUAUGGAGACGACGAAUCUAUGACGAAUUGGCUAUCAAUCUCAUUUGACCCUAUAGGAACAAAAUUUGCGGCUAAUUCCAUUAAUAGUUUUGACUAUUAUUCUUAUUCGUCGUUUCAUAUUUACGAUAUUGAUAAAAAUUAUCAGAUAAUGAAUAUAAAAUAUGAUGAUCUUUGUCAGCAACUAAUAUGGGAGGAUACUCACACUAUUCUCAUGUGUUUUGAAAAUUUUAUUAAAAAAAUGGAUUUGAGAACAUCCGAAUUUGUACGUACAUGGGAUUCUUCCAAAUAUGACCUUUUAUUCUGUUGCUCAUCAGAUAAUAUGAACACUUUUAUGACAGGGCAUUAUAUGGGUGUUCUAUGGGAUCAGAGACAGAGUGUUGCCAUUCAAACGUAUGAUGUGGACGACUCAGGUAUAUGUUCUCUAGAAUUUGAUAGUACCCAUAUGUAUGCUGCUACAGAAACAGAUCUUUUUGAAUUGGACUUUACGGGAAAAGACCACUUUGACCAUAAAAAAAUAGAAAAUUUUUUCAGCAAUUUUUAUUAAAUAAAGGAAGUUGAGUA